CAAAUGAAGGCAAAUUUAUGCAAAAGAAAAAUUAAGUAAAAACGUGAAAAAUUAUUUAUCAAAAAAUAAAAAAGUGAAAGCAGUCACAACGUAUAAGCAAUAAGAAGCGCUUCUCCCACCCAAACGAGCAAGUUUUCUCCCUUUAAACACUUCGUUGAAAAACAGUUCGGUGCUAAAUAAAGUAGCAGCACUUUUAACAUAUUUUUGCAACUUAUACACAGCGUCUCCAUAGAAGUGGCAUGAUGAAUUUCUCUGCGUUUGGUGGUCCCUUCUCCGGCAUACAUCAGUUCGCGGCCAAAUUUGGCCACGACACACAAGGUCCACCCGGCGCCUUUGCCACACCCACCGGCAUCAAUGGCAACACAACGACCGGCAUCACCGAUAAUCAUGUGCAACGCUAUCAGACGAAUGGCAAUCAUUUCAAUCAAAAUAUACCAAAUGUUUCAGCCGCCAAUAAUACAAUGCAAUACGGACAGAAUAUAUCCAUACCAUAUUCACAGCCGCAAACCGAUCUAAAUUUUCUCAACUCCACGGAUCAUAAAGGAAAGAUACAUCCGAAAAUCGAACGCGAUCGUGAAGAAGUCUUGAAUCAACAAUUAUCAAUCAAUCAAUCUUGGCAAACACUAGCCAACACUGCCAACACCGUUGACUACUCAUCGCAUUUGUUAUCUGCAACACUGCCAAUCUCAAUACAGCACUUCCUUAAAUAUUCCGAAACAAUUAAGAAGGAAACCUCAGGUAUUGUCGGCUCACAAAUCAACUCAGGGAAUUUGAAUUUGAGCAAUUUAGAUACGUCACCAUCGGGUUUUAAAGGUGGUGACGUCCUCAAGAAUGGCACCAAUUUGAGUCUGGCACUUGGCGGCGUUGCACUCGCCCCACCGUCCAAUCAGCAAAGUAACGGCGCUACACAUCACAAUGGUGGUAUUAUUGGCAUGGAUCAUGGUAGUCAUAUGGCUAGCAUGGCGGAUGCCACAAAUAACGGUACGCCACUACAUCAGGCCGUUAAUGGUAAUGCACCCAACCCAAAUGUUAAUGGGCAAGCUAAUAAUGGUCAAACAGCCACUGCCAACGGUACGAUUACGAAUGGCAAUGCAGUUACGAGCACUGCACCAGCUGGCACUACAACUACCUCAACCGGUAGUAGUACCACCGGCAAGAAGACCAGAAAGAAGAAGCCACCAAAGGAGAAGAAACCACGCCCAAAGCCGGGUGAGAUUCGAGAGAUAAAAGCAUUGGACGGUUCCACACUGUAUUGUUGUCCCGAAUGCCAGAUGGCAUAUCCGGAUCGUACUCUAAUCGAACAACAUGUCAUCUCUCAUGCCGUUGAACGGCGAUUCGUUUGCGACAUUUGCAAUGCCGCUCUGAAGCGUAAGGAUCAUUUGACCCGUCACAAGUUGUCUCACAUACCCGAUAGGCCACAUGUAUGCAAUAUAUGCAUGAAGUCAUUCAAGCGUAAGGAGCAAUUAACAUUGCACAUCGUCAUACACUCCGGGGAGAAGAAACAUGUUUGUGUUGAGUGUGGCAAAGGUUUCUAUCGUAAAGACCAUUUGCGCAAGCACACAAGAUCACACAUUGCACGCCGCGUCAAGUCUGAGGUAUCAGCGCAGAAUGUCAAUGGCGCUAGCGGCACCGGAAACACUGUGCAGAACAAUACGAUACAAGGCUCCUGAGGGUCGUACAAGGACUUUUGGUAAAUUUUCAAAGAAACUUCAACGCAAACUACAAACGCAUUGAAAGCAUCAACUGGUAGGCGCACACUUUACUCAAGACGCGUGUCGCCUAUUAGUGGACGCAGUCAAUGUGCGUGUAAUUUGAAGUUUCUAGGAAAGUUUACCGAAUGUCCUGCUGAGCCUUAAAGGAUGGGAGAAAGGGUUAAAACCUGAAAUUCUGCAGAGAGAAUGCAUAUAGAAGUGAUCUGUGUUUUGUUUUUUUUUCUUUUUUUUUUAAAUUUUCAGAUAAAAAAUUGAAAUAUUUUUGUGUUUUAUUGUAUAUGUAGUAGUUUUUGGCAAGUGGAUGGAUUAGCAAUGUAUGCGAAUGAGUGAAUUAAGCAAAUCGCACAAAGUUAUUUUAAAUGAAAAUAAUAUGACAUUGCAUUUGUAGUAGUUGAACGCCAAUAAUAACAGCAACUAGUUAUAACUGAAACCGUUAAAUAGCAAUUUCGAUGUACAAAAUAUUUAUUUAAAAUAUGACGUUAGGAAAACAAAGACAAAAGAAAACAAGAAGUUAA